UAAGGUCUGAAUUUUAAUUAUUCAGAUUCAGCCCAUUAAGUGCAUUUGUUUUGUUUCCUUAUAAAACCUCUUAAUGGAUCUGAAUAGGUCUGAACAAAUCAGAUCCAUAAAAGAGUCUUAUUCCAUUCAGACUCAUUAAAUAAUACACGCUAUUAACAAAAUACGGCUUCUUUCUCUAGCAAAAUUUCCACGCCUCCCUCUCUGCUUCUUCAACCAAAAUACUAUUUUUUCCCCUCUUGAACUGGUAUGGAACAAUCUAGUGAAAAUUCAAGAGUGAGUUGGAAAGAUAUGGAUGUAGUAAAGACAUUUUUAGAAAAUUGUAUUCAAGAAGUAUCCUUAAAUGGGAGACUUGGAAGUAGUUUGAAGCCAGACUCAUGGAACAAGGUUAAACUAGCUCUAGAGACUUGUCAUCGCUUUAGCAUUCCCCAAAAGAAAAUGAAGAACUAUUAUGAUUAUCUGAAAGAAAAAUAUCAAGCUUGGUUGCCACUAACUAAAAAGACUGGCAAUAUUUAUGAUCCAACAACCAAUACCUUUCGUAUGUCUAAUAGUGAGUGGGAUGAGUACAUAAAGGCUCAUCCAAAAGCAAAGACGUUGAGGAAUUCACCUCUACCCUUUCCAGACCUGUGCACAAAACUUUUUGAGGGUUCUACUGCAACAGGAAUUCAUGGUUGGAGUCCAAGUUGUACCUAUCCUCGACCUGGUGUCUCUUCUGCGUCUACUCCUAUAGAUAUUGAUACGAUUGAUGGAGCCAAGACCUAUUUGGUGACAAAAAUGAUGAAGCUCCUAAAGAUUCUCCAUCCCAAUCUUCAUUUUCUGUUGAAAAGAAAGCUUCGGGAAAGAAGAGAAAACUCUCAUCAUCUCAUUUGGAAAUUGAUGAGAAGAUGAGUACUUGCAUUGGAGUUAUUGAUUAAAAAAAGUAGUGGACCUGACGUCGAAGAAUGUAUGGACAAAUUACAAGGACUUGGCUGGAAAGAUCCAUUAUACAAUACAACUCUUGCUAUAAUUUGUGAGAGUGAGAGCUACAGGAAAGCAUGGAUGAAACUAGAGGAUGACAAGUUAGAGAAUUGGGUUAAGCUCUUGGGGAAACAAAAGGGACUUCUUUAACUUAGCUAAUUAGCUAAAAUAUGCAUUAGGCGUUGAUAAUGUGAAACCUUCUUUAUUAUUUUUCUACUAGUAUCUAUUAUGCUUAUUGAACCUUUUCGGUAUUAUAUUAUGUUGGAACCAUUUUGGUUAGUGAUAUAUUUUUUAAAUGCCU